UGUCCAUGUACUCAGUCGUGAGUUCAGUCAGCGGUGUGUUUGUCGGUCUGUGUAUUGUCCGCUGGGUCGGUCCAUUCAUUUGGUCUGCCGGCGGUCUGCGCAUUGCCUGUCUGUCUGUCUCUGUGUCUGUGCCCGAGCGAUCACUUCUGGCCUGCACGCACAUCAACCCACACACUGAUAUGCACACGCACCUCCUCAUUUCGUCCUUUCGUCUGUGUAUGUACCGGCGAGCAUGUUGACGACGGUGAAGACGAGAAUGGCGAUGACGAACACACUCAGGAACACCUGCACACACGAGACACAAAUGAUUGGAUGGAUGGAUGGACCUCUCCUCCCAGACACACACACAGAUCAACGUACGUACCCAGUAGAACAUUGAGACUGUGAAGACGAGCCACCAGAGUGCAGGUGCGGUGGUUUGGCAAGUGAGGCUCGAGGUCACCCAACCGGUGCCCACAAACACCCACAAGACCGACACCACCAGCCCCCCCACCGACACCACCAGCCACCCCAACUCCAGCUGAAACGCACUGAAACUACAACACACACACACACACACACAGAGAGAGAGAGAGAGACAGAGACAGCGAGAGAGACGACAAUCAUGCUCUCAUCAAAUGUGUGUGUUGUAUGUCAGUCUGUGUGUCUCCCUUGGUUACUGCUUUGUGGCGAUUGCGGGCAUGUCAUUGACGACGUCGACGGCCAUUGUGGCCGGGGCGCUCAGAAACAGCGCCACCAUCACCCACAGAGCCAGCGGCGAGUCGCACGGAGACAGCCCGUCAAUCGCCAGCACCUAAAUGACCCACACACACCUCAUCUGGCUGUGUCUCAUCUCUCCCUUCCUCUCUCUCUGUGUCGAUUUGCCAAUCACUCCCUGUCUGUCUGGCUGUCUAGCUUACGAUGAGUGCGACGGCAUCAGCGAGAAGGUAGACGAUGAAUGCGGCGUUUUGGAGGAUCACCACCGGGUCGGUCUUGAGCACCUCGCCGUACGCCGUCGACGUGCGGGCAAUCUCAGCCAUCUCUCACACACAAAGAAACAGUCAAUGUUUGCUCAGUGCUCACUCACACUUUGGUUGCCUGGCUUUGUUUGUUUGUACGCAGUCUCGUUUGUACUCACGUGUCUAUGUGUCAGGCACGAGUGAGUGUAUACGUAUGGUGUCAAUCAAUCGAUCGUCAAUUCUAGCUAGGCUAGCUAGCUGUCUUGAUCGACCAUGACCAACACACACUCACACACACGUGUUCACGCACAUGUACAUACACAUUUUCAGUCAGUCGAUAGUCACUCAUUCCUCGCAGACAGACAGAC